GGCAUAAAACAAAACAUUCAUAGAGCAGAAACAUAAUGGUUUUAAAGCUUUCAUGCGGUUUCUGUCGUGUAAGAUCAAUUGUGCCGUUUUUAAACUUGGGAACGUAUAUCAACUGAUUCCGUUGUUUUGCUGUUAAACAGUGUUAGGACGGUAUACCGAAAAACAAUAUUAUAGUCAACAGAAAAAGGUAACUAGUUCAUACGACCUUAAACGACGAAAUUAUAUGCUUUGAAGAUAUCGUUUAUUCUGGACUUUCCGACACACAUGGGGGACAGCGAAACAACUCCGAUCGAAACAGAAGAGCCGAAAGCUUCAGUUAAUGCUAUUGAGUUUAUUAAAAACAUCUCACCCAGGGAUGUGGAGAAAUGUGUUUUUGCGGAUUCACUGGUGACCGUGUCAGAUUCGGGCAGAGAACUGGGAGAUUUCUCUGUGAGUGUCAGUAGGGCGAGCUGCAAUGAAGAGCUCUGCUUUCUCCUUCAUGCCAGCAGUCAUGGUGUGAUUGAUGAAGUCCCUUGCGGCACAUCAAUUGUGGCUUAUAUAUCUGAAAGGCUUGAGAUAUUGGAAGAAAAUCAACAUGAAUAUGUAAAGCUGGAACAUAAGAUGCUGGAUAGGAAGGUACAUAUGGUUAGACAAGAUGAUCAGCUUAUGGUAAACAGGACUAUAUCAGAGAAGGAGGGAGUGAAGACGCAAACCCACACAUUUCCAUUGAGCUCUUUAACAGGCCUUGUAUCCGAGGCUUCCAACUUCCUGAUCCUGCGCAUACUUUCUCUGCAGAAGAUUGUUCCAGAAAACAUGACAUUUCUAUCAUUUGAUGCAGAUUCGGUGAUAUCGAAGUCAACCUAUAGAGCACUCGGGUGGAAGAAACAGAAGAUUUGUGAAGAACUGGUCAACACAUUUGGAAUAGAAAGAACUGUGUUUUCUGCAAAAGACACCUCUUCAACUUGGCAUUGCUUCUUUCUGCCUGAGGGGCAUCUAGUAAGCAGAGUACAAUUGGGUUCACCCGCAAUGAUGAAGCUACUGCAUUUGCCUCUCUUGCUAGAUGGAGUGGACAAAAAACAGAUUCCUGUGUUUGAGAAGAAGCCACUCAUUUGGGAAGAAGACAUGGAACUUUACUCAAAGUUUCUUGACAGAAAGGAGGAACUCAAAGCAGAUUACACCUCCCACAUCAGACAGCACCCGGAACUAAAAGCUUUAAUGGCGGAUUUCCUCCAAUUCCUGCUGUUGAGGAAACCAUCAGAUGUCUUCUCAUUUGCUCGUGACUUCUUUGCACCCUUUGCUUCUCAAAGUCCCCCAGGAAAUCCCUGUAAAGAGUCACCAAACCCAACAUUUCCAGAAGUGCUGGAUAACAAACCCUAACCACAACGUUUUUGUACCAGAGAUUUUAAAUAAAGUUUUUCCCCCUUGCAGCCUU